AUGCGCUUCUUCGGCGUCCCUUUCUUUGUGGCCCUGCUGGGUUUGGCUGCGGCGGCCCCCAAGCCGAACAGGCGCGAGACGCAGCAUCAUACUUCCACCAAAGUCUCCUAUCAGACCGAACUAGCUGGCGAACCCUAUCAUGGCCAUGUCCCGACGGCUACUGUCAGACAUACUAAGACCCUGGCUCCGAUUAUUAUCAUUUAUACCGAACAUCCGACCGUUACCAAGACUCGGGCGGCGGUCACCCACACCAAGACUAAAAUCGUGAAAUCGACCACUUCAGUCACUGCUGCAGCCAACACUGAUACGGUUUGCGUUACAUCGACUGAAUUUGACACGACGACGAAGACUCGAACUCCGCCGGCGGUCACCAGUACCGUCUGCACGGACACCACCAUCACAACAACGACGACCUCGAACAUCCCGACUGUAUAUGGAUUCAUCCCCAUUAUCUCCACUCUCCCUACCCCCACUGCCGUCAAAAAAGAGAAAGAAGAGAAAAGGGAGCUGGUUCCUCUGGAGCGCCGCUCUCAAGGCUUUGACCACGCUGACUUCCGAUACCCUAAGUCUGUCAAGUGCACACAUGAAGUGGUGGUAGAAGUCAUCAUCAUCGAAAUCAUCAUCGGCCCUCCUAUCAUCAAGUGGCUGCCCGCCCAUACAACUACCGUCACCAAGACCGACCAUAUCUCUGUCACCAAGACCAUCGUCCCACCCGAUGUCUCGGCCACCGUCACCGACACCAUCACCUCGACCAUCUGCGUCGACACCACCUUGCCUGCCGUGACUGACACCGUCACCAGCACCAACACUGCCACCGCUUCGGCCGUGAGCACUGCCUACGACGCCUGUGCCACUAACAACAUUGCCAUCACUCCAUUCUCACACGAGUUCGGCGAUAUCGCUGGCGAUUACUUGGUGGAGCUUACGAUCCCCCACCAUGUCAGAGAUGUGACGCAGACACAGGCCAGCAGCGAUUCCCCCUACGACUGCUGUGUACUGUGUGCGCAGGAUAGCAGCUGUGUUCUAAGUGGUUACGAAGACGGCACAUGCUUUAUUUACAAUGCGGCAAGAUGCGUCCCGUCAGAGAACCAGCUUACGGGCUCUAUUUCACACCGUGGGAAGAGUGGUGUCGGCUUGUCGAACGGCGCCUCCCCGCCUCAAGAUAUUAGGGUUUGUUUUGGCCCGAAAACGUUGAACCCCGCGUUGAUAGUGUAG